GGUGUGAACGAUCCUCUUUUUCUUCUUCCAAAUCUCGUUAAUAUUAGGUGAAUUGUGUGUUCAACUAGGCUUUUUCUGGAUACAUUGAAGGAGCAAAAAAUAAAAGUUGCGUGUCGUUGCGUUCACGACUUCGACGAAAACGGAUAUCGAGGUAGUCCUCCGAGUUUCCUCUUCUUCAGGACGCUACUGUACUAUAAAUAAGUCAUAUCAUGAGGUACAUCUUGGGAACUACGUUCGCUGGUACUGCAACCGCAACGAUCACCGUUCUAGUCUUGUACCAUGUAUUCACUGGGAAGGGUGAAAGAAUAAGCUUAGGAUGGUAUUUAGAGCAUACUUCGCCCUACAUGUGGGCCACUCUGGGCAUCGGUCUCGCAGUUGCACUUUCCGUGACUGGGGCUGCCUUAGGAAUUCACACGACCGGUGUAUCGAUCGUGGGUGCAGGUGUGAAGGCUCCAAGGAUCAAAACGAAAAAUCUCAUAUCAAUUAUAUUCUGUGAAGCUGUAGCGAUCUACGGUCUCAUAACAGCAAUCGUGCUUUCGGGUUUGCUUGAAGAGUUUACAUGGGAAAAGGCGAUGGAAUCGCAGAUCAUAAGGAAUCAGAAUUGGUUGGCAGGCUAUUUGAUGUUUGGAGCUGGUUUAGCGGUCGGUCUGGUAAACUUAUUUUGCGGCAUAGCGGUUGGAAUCGUUGGUUCUGGUGCGGCGUUGUCGGACGCUGCGAAUUCGGCACUUUUCGUGAAAAUUUUAAUCGUCGAGAUUUUUGGUUCGGCUAUUGGACUCUUCGGUCUUAUCGUUGGCAUUUAUAUGACUUCCAAGGCCAAAAUGGGCAACAACAGCUCUUAAGCACAUUCUCGUAACAGCGUUUACAAUAAAAAAAACUUCAAAUCGCGUUCGGCCCGUGCGUCAUGUAAAAAAGUAAUGGAAAAAACAAAAGAAUAAUUAACGUUAAUUCGGGCGAUUAAUGAAAGGCGCGAUCGAUUAAUCCGCUGAAGCGGUUCACAUUAGCAAAAAAAUGAUAAAACCACAGGCGCUCCAAGUGUUUCAAACGGUAGGAUCCAACAAUAGGAACAAUAAAUAUUCCGCGCGUUCCUCAUUGCCACAAAAUAUACGCGCCCAAAAUUCAUUUAACGAAUUAAUAUAUAUAUUUCACGAUUAACGAAACAUCCGUUACGUUAUUUAUAUAAAUAUAUACGAUAUAUAUUAAGUACAUAUAAGAAAUGAAACAAAAAUGUGUAUAUAAAUAGAACAAAACAAAAAACAACCCGUCAGAGGAGGCCGAGUUUCCUUUCGAGUUCACAAUCUUCAAUAAAUCACUGAUAAUUAUUA